AUGUCCAGCCACCCCUCCCUGGAGCUCGGCUACCGCAGUCCCCCACACCAUCACCUUGGUCACAGAGGGAAGGCCAGGCGGUUGCAUCAGAGGAAUCUAGAGGAGCAGAAGGCAGGAUUCCACUUCCAGGUCCGCAGUGACUGGCGGGACGUGGCAUGGCCACCUGGCUUCCUGUGGAGCGAACACCACCCCACAGCCAUAACAAAGGAGCAGACUCAGAGGCCUUGUGGAAUCUACCAAGACCUUGUGGUGAACACCAGGAAGGAGAUGAAGCAUGUUAAAGACUCAAAGAGAGGGACCGAAGGCAAAGUUAUUAAUCUACAGACAAACCAUUACCAAGUGACCUGUGGCUGUGAAAUCGCAUAUAAGUACAAUAUUGAUUACCAACCUGACAUAGAGGAUUUUAAUAUCCGCACAAGUUUACUGCUCCGUCAUGAGUCUAUACUCGGCAAAUUCCACAUAUUCGAUGGAAACUCAUUGCUCUUACCUCAGAGGCUACAGCAUUUGGAAAUGGAACUUGUCAGCCAGACUAAAGGUGAUGAAAAAGUGAGAAUCAGGAUCCGGCUUUCCAGUGAGCUCCACCCCAAUCACCCAGACUGGCUUCGCUAUUACAACAUCCUCUUUGGGAAAAUGCUGAAGCAGAAGAAGUUGGAAGAGUUGGAUUCAAAUCCCGGAGACCUCAGAGACAUCACAGUCAUGCUCCAGGGCACAAGUAUGGACAUCCAGCGUAGCUACAAUGCUUCCAUCCUCCCGUAUGAGAGGAGCCUGACCCUGUGUGCUGACGUGACGCAUAGGCUGCACCAGACGAAAACUGUGCUGGACAUCUUGCGAGAGAAGAGUGAAGUCCCGAAUGAGGAGGUCUCUAAAGAGCUGGUGGGAUCCAUCGUCUACACCUUGUACAACAACAAAACCUACAGAAUUGAUGAUAUCAGCUGGGAUAAGCAUCCUGAUGAUACGUUUAAAAAAUCUGAUGGCAGCAUGAUCUCAUUCAAAGACUACUACUGGGAGCGACACCAAGAAAAGAUAUCUUCACUGGAUCAGCCACUUUUGAUGAGCUUGGGCAGGUGGAGGAAGGGCCAGAUGUCUACACCUCGUGAGCCUAUCUUCCUGGUCCCUCAGCUGUGUAAACUGACAGAUGAGGAUCACAAGGCCAAGGUGGGGAGUCCUGCAGCUCGGAGAAGCCCUGGCUUCCAGUUUCACAAGGAGAAAAGACGGACAUACAAAUUGGCAGGCAGCGGCAAGGGCACAGUGCAGGAAGGAACUGGUGAUGCCAACCUGUCAUCAGUGGUGUGUGUGCUGCCUGACAACAGAAAGCAAAGAUACGAGGAGAUAAAAACGUUUCUGUGUGUUGAGAAACCAGUCCCCAGCCAAUGUGUGGUAGCAUCGACCCUGAAUCACGGAAAGAAUCUCACAACUGUAGUCACCAAGAUCGCUCAGCAGAUGAACUGCAAGAUGGGAGGUGCCCUCUGGAAGGUGGACACAAGGAUGGAGAAGACGAUGUUCAUUGGAAUUGAUUGUUUCCAUGAUAUUGUGAACCGGCAGAAGUCAGUGGCAGCAUUCGUGGCCAGCACCAAGGAAGACUUAACUAUGUGGCACUCCCAGUGUCUCUUUCAGGAUACAGCACAGGAGAUUGUCGGUGAUCUGCGGAGCUGUCUGCAAGCUGCCCUGGAUUCCUGGGUCGCAAACGAAAAGCAGGAACCCCAGAGCGUGGUGGUAUAUCGGGAUGGAGUUGGGGAUGGCCAAUUACAGGCCCUGCUGGUAAAUGAGGUUCGACAGUUCCAGAAGUUCUUUGCCUCUAGGUGGCCAGAAGAUUUCAAACUAACAUUCAUUGUGGUGAAGAAACGAAUCAACACCAGGUUUUUUUAUGAUAAUGGAGAGGAAGUUACAAAUCCACCUUCAGGGACUGUUGUUGACCAAGUAGUGACCAGGGAUGAGUGGUAUGACUUCUAUAUUGUCAGUCAGACUUCCAACAGUGGCACCGUCACACCCACGCAUUAUAAUGUCAUCUAUGAUACGAAGGGCCUGACUCCAAACCAGGUUCAAUGCUUAACCUACAGACUCUGCCACAUGUACUACAAUUUGCCGGGUAUCAUCCGAGUCCCUGCUCCGUGCCACUACGCACAUAGGCUGGCUUACUUUGUGGGGAAGAGCAUCCGCCAAAAGCCAGCAUCAGCGCUGUCAGACUAUCUCUAUUACCUUUAGCUACACAGGAAGCAGUGACAUCAAAACCCACAACUGACACAUUUUUUUCUUACAUUUUUUCUUUUCCAAGCUGGGUGUUUUCCCCCUACCCUGCCCCCGACAGCUUAU